UUGGGUCAGCUGUCAAGAACAGGAAACAUGAGAGUUGUCGUUGCUCUUCUAACAUGAAGCAGAUAGAAGCAAAAAUUGUAGUACUUGGCUCUCAGGGAGUUGGCAAAACCAGUGUUGUGACCAGAUAUGUUACUCAAACAUACAAACAUGUCAGUCCUACCAUUGGGGCCUCCUUUUUCACCUGCAAAGUGACCAUAGGGGACUACAGAGUGAAAAUGAGUGUGUGGGACACAGCAGGUCAGGAGAGGUUCAGAUCUAUGGCUCCCAUGUAUUACAGGAAAGCCAAUGCUGCAAUGCUUGUAUAUGAUAUUUCUAAUAAAGAUUCUUUUGAUGAUAUAAAAAUGUGGGUCAAUGAGUUGAAGAAGAACAUUGACAGCUAUGUAGUUCUCUGUUUACUUGGAAACAAAUGUGAUUUAUCCGAAACAGAGCGGGAGGUGAAGACAGACGAGGCUCAGGAGUAUGCUGCUUCCAUUGAUGCGCUGUUCUAUGAAACAUCUGCUUUAUCAGACAUAGGUAUUCAGGAUGCUUUCAUGAAAGUUGGAAAAAAAUUAAUAGACUUGAUAGAAAACAGACCUGAUCUUCACAUAGAGGGAUUGGAACAGUACAAUAUAAGACAAAAUGGAGAACUUGCUGGAAACCAGGCAGAGGGGUCUGUACGUCUAGAAAAUACAACAGAGGAAAAGAAAAAUUGUUGUGGGAGAUGACAUCUUUCAUUGAUAUACAGUGAUAAAAACAAAUUUCUGAGAUAUUCAGUUUUCCCUGGGGUUUAACCAUUUAUCCAUACUACAAUUACCUCAAACCAGCAAAAUUAAUGAAACCAUGGUUUUGUUUGUAAAUGGUUUAGUACAAUUCCUGGGUGAAAAGUGGCCAUGGUGCUGAAUGGUUUUCCAAGUCAAUGACCUUAAUAAUGUAAUAGAGAAUUAGUUUAUUACAUGUAUAUAUAAUAAGACAAAUGAUGAAAAUAUACGUUGUGAUACAUGUUCAGGUUGAUUCUGUCUAGUUUUAUAGAUCAUUCCAGUUAACAAUGGAUGAUUUGGAAUGAUGAUAAAAGUACAGUUCAACUUGACUGCAAAAUUUAUCAUAAAUCUGCCUCAAAUAUUUUUUCUUAGAAGAGUUACAAAUGUAUGUAGUGUGUGGGCAUAUUCAUCAGCUCAAAAAGACAGACAUAGUACAAGUUACUAGUUUUAGGUUACAUGGAGAGAGUCAAGUGUUUAAAAACACAUACUCUGCCUGUGUUUCUUUGCAUAUUGUGACCCUGACAUCAUGAUAUUUGGGCUGUCUUGGGAAAAAUAAGUAAGUAAUCACUGGAGCUUGGGCAAUUGCAUUUGGCUGUCUUUUAGUCCAAUUACCAUUCCUGUUUGUAGUUAAAAUGCACUGUAUCAAAACCUGAAGAGGUAAAGAAAAUGGGACACUGUUUGUUUUUUUUUUUGAGUUGAUGCAUACGAAGAAGUUUUAGUAUAGAGAAAUCAGCAUUUGUGGUUUUGUGGAGCAUCUUGUAUCAGUUUUAGCUGAUAUUUGGGGGCUUCCACUCUGGUAAAAAAUUAAUCUUCCAUUCCAUUGCUUGUGUCAGGUUUUUCAAUGAGAUUACUUUUUUAACCAUCUUGUCUUGCCCAUCUAGUCCCUGUUGCUUCUUGUGAUGUCAGAUAAUUAUGAAUUUCAGAUCAACGGGUAUUUUUGGUAUAACAUGGCAUUGAUAGUAGAAAUCCUUAGUUAUAUGUAGACUUAAGACAUGCACAAAAUCAUUUCAUGCUGGUCAUGGUGUUAAAAUUUGGCCCAUUAGUAGAGUCUUAGUUUUUGAGAAAUCAGUACCAGCUUUUUUUUUCAACUUGUAAAGGUGCUUUGUGCUAAUAAUGCUUAUUUGUAGAAAAUGGGACCAAUUGAAAUUUUUGAUUCAUCAUGUGCAAUUCACUCUGUCUAUAAUUCUUUUAUUUAUUUAUUUAUUUAUUUAUUUAUUUAUUUAUUUAUUUAUUUAUUUUUCACCAGUUGUACUCCCUUGUGCUGUCUGUUUGACAGAGAAGUUUUACAUCAAGAUAGUAUUUACACGAGUGAAUUUUGAAAUCUUUGCAGAUUGUUCUCCAGAUUUGAAAAUACAUUGUUUGUAUAGAUUUGACCAAAUUGAAAAUGGGGUGGUAUAAUGUAUUUAGAUAAGAUAUUCGUGUGCAGAUAAGAAGAUAAAAUGGAUUACUUUUUAGACAGAUUCAGGGGAAUUGCAGGAGAGCAGCUCAGGUGGUGUGAAUGCUGUAAGUUACUGGGCUUGCUUUGAAUAUACAUGUAAAAUGAUUUGUGUUCCAGUCUGGAGUUUUGACAAUAUGUCUCUUACUGGGUGUCUACUUCCUUUUU